CUCUACAUGACUGACUGCUUUUUUACUCUCCAUACUUUCAGACUUAGUUUUCAACUACAAGCGAAGCAAUAAUUAUGACAAAAGAUCAAAAAAAAAUUCCUGACCAGGGGUCAUCCCGAUGCUCCCGUCUAAAGAAAACGAUCAAGGAUAAAUGCAAGGUAAUCGGCGAGACAACCAUGUACUACGGAAACGCAGGAUCGGUUCAGGUUUUGUCCCCAAUCCCGGGCUCACCAUCACCGGACAGUGAACCAAGGAGAGACCACAUCCGUCCGGAAAGUCCCAGAAGAGAGUCUUUGGUCAGAACUUCUAACAAAGCCAAUAUUAGAAAAACAAUGACUGGAAAGAAAAGUUCAACCCAGAAAAGAACCAAGGGGACGAUGUCCGAUUACUCUUUGCCGCCAAUUAAAAAUGUGCCCACGAUGACACCCACAAAGAAGAUGGCGGAUAAAAAUCUAAAGGAAUUUACAUCUACGGAAACAUGCAAACCUAUCAACAUGCCGGGAUUUAAAGCUCGCGGUAGAAAAAUUACCUCCAAGAACAAAAUGUCGUCUGUAAUUGCCGAUUUGCCUGGCAAGGAACCCGCUGAAAAGUUGAUGAUGGGCACAAGGAGGAUUCAAUCCAUGUCUUCAAAGAGCAUCGCAUUAUCUGAAGAGAGAAUACGUCUGCCCGUCCCCCGGGGAGCUAGGAUGAUUCCUUACUCUGUUAAAGUUCUGCCGCCACAGUAUAUGAUUAUGAAUAGAACAAAUCUCCCGCCUAUCGGAGUCCGCUCCAUGGCUGCUUGGUAGUAAACCAUCUGUUGACUAUUUUUAAGUGAAGCGAAGAUUUAGACAGACACAGCUAGUCCCGUCUCUGAUUAGACUACUAU